CUUUCGAAUCUCUCAAUCCAGCGAUCGCAGCAGCAUGAAAAGACAGAUGAAUCUCAAAAAGCAGAUCCCGUGCCCAGCGUUCAAAUGGUCUUUAAAAGCAUCCCUCGUUGGUAAGUAGCAGUACAACUAAGAUGCUUCCGUAUCUCGAGCUCAUUCCUCGCGAUAUCUUGGAGUACAUUGCAUUCCUUGUCGUCUUAACGCCGGAUCCCGUCUUCAGGCCCCCUCAGGAACUCCUGAACUUGUUGCUAACGAGUUCUACUCUCUACACUUCUCUAUGCACCUCUUCCGCUCCGCACCUCUAUGCACGCAUUUUCCGUAGCACGUUCGACUUGGAUAUAAAUGGACCAUCAAAUGAUGCUAGUAAAUUCACCGACUCCCAGCUGACUUUUGACUUGGUCUCCCGUUAUCGCUUGUUAAGGCGAGUUCGGCGUAUGGAAUUCUCGAACAAAAUGAUGCCUGAGGAUCUACGUGUGGCCAUGCAAACUGUCAUUGAGAGUAAAAGGGUCAACGAAGCACACCUGAAGUCGGCGGGGUUCUCAGAAUUCACCUUUUCCUACGCAGAACAGUGUUUGACCAAGCAUCAAAUUGCUCAAACCCACGCAGCCUUUGAUUAUGAAACGAACUUGAUUCUUUGGUUGCUUGCUCUUACUUGGUCUCGGGACGACGUCACAAAAAUAGCUCAAGAAACUCGAGAAAAUUUUCUUAUCUUAUUACGACCUUUAGUGCUCGGGGUAAGCCAGAUUGACUGUUGGUCUUAGCCAUUGUGUCCUAGUUCAAUCUGACUUCUAGGAUGCGCGAGAUUAUACCAUCGUACAGCCGAUUCACGAAGAGAGCAGCAGAAGCGAGCUCUGUGUACGUGAUGGACAUUCACCGAAAGCCAAUUGCCAGCGUGAC